AUGAAAGACCUUGGUAAUCUCAAGUAUUUUCUGGGCAUUGAAAUCAUGAGGUCCAAAAUAGGCAUACUUCUCAAUCAGAGGAAGUAUGCCCUUGAACUUAUAUCAGACAUUGGUCUUAGUGGUGCCAAGCUAGUGAGCACACCAUUGGAAGCAAAUGUCAAACUUACAACAGUAGAAUAUGAUGAGUUAACUGGGACUACUAAUGAUUCUUUGUACAAGGAUGUUACAGCUUAUCAAAGAAUAAUUGGUAGAUUACUAUAUCUUACCAUUACCAGGCCUGAUAUUAGUUUUGCCGUCCAAGUUUUUUCACAAUUCAUGCAAAGGCCUAAAAUAUCACAUUGGGAAGCAGCUCUGAGGUUGGUCAGGUACAUCAGAAAUUGUCCUGGUCAAGGAAUACUGUUAAGUAGUAAAAAGAGCUUGGAACUUGAAGCAUUUUGUGACUCAGACUGGGCAGCAUGCCCAAGCAUGCCCAAACACAAGAAGUCAAAAAAGCAGCACACAGUGAGUAGAAGUUCUGCAGAGGCUGAGUACAGGAGUAUGGCUGGUGCAGUAGCAGAAAUUACUUGGUUGGUUGGGGUGUUAAAAGAAUAG